AUGUACGAGUGUAUACAACAAAUGUUAGCCGCGGGUGUAAUGGAACGUUCCGUGAGCGACUACUGCUCCCCGGCUGUGCUGUGGGGGACGAGAACAAUGAGUAAGAGAAGCAAACUUUAUAAUCCUAAUGAUCCGGUGGAUGCUGAGCAACUUUUGAACAUUUUAGAGGAACUAGAUUCUGACGACGAAGAGAUGGAACCCAUACGAGAUAGUUCUCAAAUCGAUCUUAUCUUGAUGCCACCUCUUGAUGGUGCUGACAGUGAUAGAGACGAUGCUGAUAGCGAUGACGAGCCUUUAGGUACUAUUAGAGAUAUUGGCAAAGGGGUUCUCAAACAGCCGAUGGAAAUCAUAUGUCACAAAAACGGAGAACAAAAUAUUGUCCAUUUGGACGCGUCUAAUGUAGAAGCCGCAAACAUAGACGAACAAACUGUACAGGAAUUUAGUUCUGAUGAUGAAAUACCCCUGGCAAAAAAAUUUAAAAAAGAACUAUAUGUAAAACAUACCAAAAGUCGUAAAUGGGAAGAAAAAACGUUAAGACAAGGUGAAAAAAUAACAAUUAACAAAUCUCGUUCCCCGCAUAUUGUAAAAUUUAUUAUUGAUAAUAAUGCGGAACCAGUCGAAAUUUUCCGAACUUUUUUUGAUGAGGAGUUUAUGCAAUUUAUUUGUGAUGAGUCUAAGAAAUAUGCCAAACUGAAAGGACAUCACAAUUUUGACGUUUCAACUAAGGAAUUGUACAUAUAUUUUGCAAUUCUGUUACUAUCUGGCUACAUCAAAGCACCACAUAGACGUAUGUAUUGGGAGACGAAGGCAGAUUCUUACAAUUCACUGAUCGAUACCAAAAACAGAUGCUACAAAAUUCAGCCGUUACUGGAUCAUGUCAAUAAAAAAUCUCUAGAAUUUUGUCAACCUCUGGGUAGUUCGUUUUCAUUAGAUGAGGCGAUGGAGCCUUAUUAUGGACACCACAAUUUAAAGCAGUUUAUAAAGGGCAAACCAAUUCGGUAUGGUUUUAAGUUUUGGUGUCUUACUUCGUCGGACGGUUAUCUUUUCAAAUUUAGUCCGUAUUGUGGGGCAGGAGACAAAAUUGAAGGAUUUACUUUAGGAACAAGUGUAACAGAAAAAUUAUGUCUCAAUUAUAUUCCAAAAGGUUCUACGGUUUAUCUAGAUAACUUUUUUAAUUCCCUUUCAUUGCUCCAUAAUCUUCGAGCUUAUGAUAUAAAUUGCGUUGGUACAAUUCGAGCAGACAGAAUUGAUAAAGCGCCUCUCAAAGAUCUGAAGAAAGAAAAACGUGGAAGUUCUUAUGUGUUACAAGAAAAGGAAGGUAGUAUUACACUGGUGAGAUGGCAUGAUAAUAAUCAAGUUAAUAUAGCAACAAACCUAAUCAACAAUGACAUAUGCUUAUCUAAGGGUUCGUGCAAGCGAUGGUCUAGAAAGGAUAAAAGUACAGUGUCAAUUGAACAACCAUCUUUGGUCAGCAUAUAUAAACAAGGAAUGGGGGGAGUUGAUUUGUUUGAUAAAAUGAGAGGCUUAUAUCGCAUUCUCAUACUUGUAAAUAUGUGGAUGCUGUAUAGAUUUGCACAUCCAAAAGUUGGUUUACUAGAAUUCGUUCGCAGAACAGUUUUAGCUUUGCUUUCAUCGCCUCCACAUUUGGGUGGACCAAAACCAAAAUGUACUAGAGCCGUUUUGCCCGAAAUUAGAUACGAUGGCGUGGAUCACCUGGUAGAUAGCAACAGCACUCAACGAAAAUGCGGCUUUUGUGGGAAAUGUGCUAAGUUUGUAUGUGUUAAGUGCAAUGUAGGCCUCCAUCCAGCACAUUGUUUUAGAGCCUACCACACACCAUAA